AUUUGGCGCUCCUUCAGCUUUAGCCGCCCUUUCAUGGUCGCAACCCAUUUAGAUUCUCCCGUCUCCGCCCCCCUUUUUUCACGUCCCUUGUCCGAUUCCCCAUGAACCCCACUUCCUUGUUAUUUAACAACCAACGCUUCAUCUUCUAAUUCACUCUUCGUUGCUCCUUCUUUCCUUCUCUCCUUCUCCCUUUGCAAAUGGCUUCCGACCAACAGUUAUCUGCUAUAAAGAAUUCGAAAGUGCUUAUGGUUGGUGCUGGUGGUAUUGGCUGCGAGCUUCUGAAGACCCUUGCCCUUUCUGGGUUUCAAGAUAUUCAUAUUAUUGACAUGGACACUAUUGAAGUCAGCAAUCUCAACAGACAGUUUCUAUUUCGACGAUCGCAUGUUGGACAGUCUAAGGCAAAGGUUGCUCGGGAUGCAGUCUUAAAAUUUAGGCCUUCUAUUAGUAUUACGUCCUACCAUGCAAAUGUCAAAGAUCCUCAAUUCAGUGUAGAUUUCUUUAAGGAAUUUAAUGUUGUUCUUAAUGGGCUGGAUAACUUGGAUGCAAGGCGACAUGUGAACCGCCUUUGCCUGGCAGCUGGUGUCCCUCUGGUUGAAAGUGGGACUACAGGGUUCCUUGGACAGGUGUCAGUACACUUGAAGGGGAAAACAGAGUGCUACGAGUGCCAGCCAAAGCCCGCCCCGAAGACCUAUCCUGUCUGUACAAUUACUAGCACUCCAUCAAAGUUUGUUCACUGUAUUGUGUGGGCAAAGGACCUGCUUUUUGCAAAGUUGUUUGGUGACAAGAAUCAGGAAAAUGAUCUGAAUGUGCGUUCUAAUGAUGGUCAUAGCUCAUCAGAUCAUUCAGAAGAUGUAUUUGAACAGAGAGAAGAUGAAGAUGUAGAGCAAUAUGGAAGGAGAAUAUAUGAUCAUGUAUUUGGUUAUAACAUCGAAGUAGCUCUAUCUAAUGAAGAGACUUGGAAAAACCGUAACAAACCAAGGCCAAUCUAUGUUAAGGAUGUUCCAACUGGCAAUUUAACUCAGCAGAAUGGAAACAUGAGAGAGGAUGGUGAUCUGUCUGCAAUGGCAUCUCUAGGCCUGAAGAAUCCUCAGGAUGUAUGGAGUCUCGCUGAAAAUUCAAAAGUUUUCUUUGAGGCUCUGAAAUUAUUUUUUGUGAACAGACCAAAGGACAUAGGAAACCUGACUUUUGAUAAAGAUGAUCAGUUGGCUGUGGAGUUUGUGACAGCUGCUGCAAACAUUAGGGCUUCUUCUUUUGGGAUUCCUUUACAUAGUCUUUUUGAAGCUAAAGGUAUUGCUGGUAAUAUUGUGCAUGCUGUAGCAACAACAAAUGCCGUUGUUGCUGGGCUUAUUGUGAUUGAAGCAAUUAAGGUCUUGCAAAAGGAUAAUGACAAUCACAGGAUGACAUAUUGUCUAGAACACCCUGCUAGAAAAAUGCUUCUCAUGCCAGCAGAACCCUUUGAACCUAACAAAUCUUGCUAUGUUUGUUCUGAGACCCCACUGUCCCUUGAGGUGAAUACUUGCCGUUCAAAGUUGCGUGAUUUUGUUGAAAAAAUUGUAAAAUCCAAGCUUGGCAUGAACUUUCCAUUGAUUAUGCAUGGGUCACAAAUUCUUUAUGAAGUUGGUGAUGAUCUAGAUGCUGAUAUGGUAGCAAUUUAUUCUGCAAACCUUGAAAAGGUGCUCUCUGAGCUUCCUUCUCCAGUUACUAGUGGAACCAUGCUAAGCAUCGAGGAUCUACAACAGGAGUUUUCUUGCACCAUUAACAUCAAGCACAGGGAAGAAUUUGAUGAGGAAAAAGAACCGGAUGGAAUGCUUCUCUCUGGCUGGACUCAACCGUCCACACUGAACAAAAAUGAGCUUGUUGGUAAUGGCGGAAGCACAUCAAAUGCAUUGUUGGCGGAGGGAACUGAAAAUGCUACUGGAAAGAAAAGAAAACUAUCCGAUAUCUCCAAGCCCACCACUUCAGAUGGUUCAGGCCUUGCUGAGAGUGGAAAUCAAAACCAGCCAGAAAGCCUUGAUGAUGAUGACGACGAUGACCUUUUCAUAUCUGAUGAUUUGGAAUCACUCACAAAGAAGAAAAGGUCACAAUAGUUCGUUUACCUUGAUUGAAAAUGGCUUCUUAACUUCCAAUUUUUGUAUUGUUAGGGAAAAUGGUGAUUCUUUUUGGUGCCCAUAAUUGUCAUUAUCAUAGUAAUUAGAUUUCACUAAUUGUCAUCACCAUUCUGUUUAUUGUGAUUCACCUCUUUAGAUACAAGAUGUGUAUUCUGCAGAUAUUCAUAGUUAGAUUAACUAACUGUAACUCUGCAAUUACCCGAAUUUUUUUGAAAUGAAAUCAGUUAUGGAUC